GUAUUUGCUGGUAGCUCUGUAAGGUAGGAAAGAGACGCCAACAUGGGGAAAGGAGGUCGGAAGCAGCUGGGUAGCUUUUCCUGUCAGGAAGUGGCCAAACAUGACAAGCGAGAUGACCGAUGGAUCAUCAUCAAUAAUGAAGUCUAUAACAUCACAGAUUGGUCCAGGCGCCACCCCGGGGGCUCCAAGGUCAUCGGGCAUUAUGCGGGACAAGACGCCACCGACGCUUUUCGGGCUUUCCACAAUGAUUUAGAUCAAGUACAGAAGUAUUUACUACCUCUCCACAUCGGAAGUGUUCAAAAGGGGGAGGUGAACAAAAACUACUCCCUGGAGAAAGAUUUCAGAGAGCUACGACAAACUGCUGAAAAAAUGGGUUUGUUCAAACCCAGCUACUUGUUCUUCUUUAUACACCUGGCCCACAUCAUAGCUAUGGAGGUGAUGGCCUAUCUAACCUUGUAUUACUUUGGAACUGGAUGGGUACCUUGUAUUGUGUCAGUCUGCUUGUAUGCAACUGUGCAGAGCCAGAUUGGAUGGUUGCAGCAUGACUUUGGACAUCUCUCUGUAUUUAAAUCCAGCUGGCUUGACCAUGUUUUUCAUUUUUUAACAAUAGGAUGUAUCAAGGGUGCUUCCCCAAGCUGGUGGAACCAUAUGCAUUAUCAACACCAUGCCAAACCUAAUGUGAUGGGUAAGGACCCUGAUGUCAGAGUCGAUCAGUUGUUUGUGGUGGGAGAGAAAAUGCCUGUCAAGGUUGCUGAAUCAAAGAAAUCCAGUAUGCCCUACAAUCUGCAGCACAAGUACUUCUUUCUAAUUGGCCCCCCUCUCCUGUUUCCUGUGUAUUUCCAGUUUAUGUUGUUUAGACAUAUUUUCACCAGGAAAUUAUGGAAGGAUUUCAUAGUGGUCAUGGCCUUUUAUGUGAAGUUUUUCUACCUGUAUACACCACUGCUAGGAGUUGGAUGGGUACUUGUUUAUUAUGAAGUAAUGAGGGUGCUAGAGAGCCAUUGGUUUACCUGGGUGAGUCAGUCUAACCACAUCCCUAUGGACAUUGACGAGGACACUGCUGAGCCCUGGAUCCGACUCCAGCUGAAGGCCACCUGUGAUAUCGAGCAGUCCUUCUUCAAUGAUUGGUUCACGGGCCACCUCAACUUCCAGAUAGAACACCACCUUUUCCCUACCAUGCCAAGACACAACCUAUACAAAAUCCAACCUCUUGUUCAGUCCCUCUGUAAAAAGCAUGGAAUUCCGUACCAAAUGAAAACCCUCUCUCAGUCCUUUGUUGACAUUGUGAAAUCAUUGAAGCAUUCUGGAGAACUCUGGGAGGCAACGCUGCACGCUCACCACAUAUCUUGAUUGGAAUUAUAACUGCUAUAAGUGCCUAUAACUUUUUAACAAAUUCAAUAUACACUUUUGAUAAAUGUACCAUGCUGUUCCUUGCUUGUUUUCUGGGUUGGUAAAAAGAAUUUAUCUUAAAGAAUAUCUGAAAAUAUUUGUGCUAACACCAACAUGGAAAAUCAAGGAGUACACAAGAAACAGCGCUAUGAGUUCUGUUAGCAAUACACCAAAUUCCAAUGUCUGGAUUUUACUGUGCCUAAGAAAAACAGUUUACAUUGAUUGGAAUAUGAUAAUAGCCAUUUCUUUGUGUGAGCCUUCUAUCUGUUUUGUCAUAUUUUAUUAGUGAUUUUUAAAAAUUUUUUUCUCUUUUUGUACUUUCUAUUGGUGUCUUUAGGUUUUCUCACUUUUGAGUAAAAGAAAAUUUUAGAUUUUGUAUGAUGCAUAAUUAUUAAGUAUAUAUUUUGAUCUACUGAAUAGAAAUGCUUUCUAUUACACAAA